GCCCACCAAUUUCCCAGUUAAUAGGCCCAAUAAGAAGUAAGUAAACGGUCCACAGCUGACUCGACCGGUUUGUACCAAAAAAACCGGUUCGAAGAAAUUGACAAUUGACAUUAUUAUAUUGAGAAGAAACAGAGAAGGUGCGCAAAGGAGAGGCGUUCGGAAAUUUCAAUUCAAUUUAUAACAUAAUUCAAUCUCAAUAAUUCCACAGAAGAUAAUCGAAACCCUAGAGAGAGAAAGAAGGAAGAGAAACGAAAAUGGUGUUCUACUUCAAGGCGCGACCGGAGGCCGGGGACUACACCAUUUUCAUGGGACUCGACAAGUAUGAGAACGAGGAGCUCAUCAAAUACGGCUUUCCCGAAGACAUUUGGUUCCAUGUGGACAAAAUGUCUUCAGCCCAUGUUUAUCUGAGAUUGCACAAGGGUCAAACCAUUGAUGAUAUAUCUGAAGGGGUAUUGGAAGAUUGUGUCCAACUGGUUAAAGCAAAUUCCAUCCAAGGAAAUAAAGUGAACAAUGUCGACGUUGUUUACACCCCUUGGCAGAAUCUUAAGAAGACUCCAUCCAUGGAUGUUGGACAAGUCGGUUUCUAUAGUUCAAAAAUGGUUCGUACUGUGAGAGUGGAAAAGCGAGUAAAUGAGAUUGUUAACCGUUUAAACAGGACAAAGGUGGAAAGAACUCCAGAUCUGAAAGCUGAACGAGAGGCAGUUAAUGCAGCUGAAAGAGCAGAGAGAAAACAGCAGCUUCGCGAUAAAAAACGACGAGAAGAUUUAGACAAACUCGAAAAGGAGAGACAGGCUGAAUUAAGGAGCUACAAAAACUUGAUGGUAGCUGAGAAGAUGACCUCUAACAAGGACAUAGCAUCUGCGAACAAGUCCCUGCAAGAACUCGAGGAAGAUUUCAUGUGACACCCAAAAAAAUUCAAUAAAUCUGUCAAAAGUUCACUUGUUAAUCGAGAAUAUGUGGCUUAUUUCAUACGGGGAGAGACCGGAAAGAAGAUCGAGAGAGAGAGAAGUUGAUAGUUGGGUCGGGGCAGAGGGUGAUUUUUUGUUGUAUUGUGUCCUUAAGACAUAACUAUGCACUUAUCGUUGUGAAAUCAAAUCAUUGGUCUUAAAAAAGCUUUCAAAUUGUAUUAAUAAUAGCUCGAGAGCAUAGAUCUAUGGUUUGAGAGCCGGCGAACGAGCUUAGCGCAAUUCAAUUUUCGAAAUUUCUUUUUUUGAGGAA